AUGGACCACUUAGCAUCUGAGGCCUCCCCUAAAACAAAACGUCGAAAGAUUGCUGUUGCCUGUGAUGACUGUCGAGCAAGAAAAGUUCGCUGUGAUGGGAUACAACCGGAGAGUCGGAUCCAACAACUUGAAAGCCCACAAUACUCCGAGAAGGGUCAUGGAUCAGAACGUACACCGCAGGCAAAUCUGCUAUCGCCGACACCUGGUAAUAUCCAGCCUGAAACGCCUGAAAACUAUACACGGAACACCCAUAGUCAGGGUGAUAUCACCACACCUACAGGCCAGCGAGACGGGGUGAACGCGAUGAUGGGUGCUGUAGAGGAAGAACGUCCUAGUCAAGGUUUCUUCGGAAGCUCUAGCGCAGCAGGGUUCAUGCGCCAAAUCAGAACCGCGGUCGACAGGAGAGUGGCAUCACCUCACCGAAGAUCCUCAGUUCCUCGUCUGGCUGUUCCUUCAAGCCUGUUGCCGGCGCGAAGCGAUAGGCCCCAGUCUUCGGUGCCCAACUAUGUGCUCCCCCCGCGAAAAAUGGCAGAUAGCCUCAUGGAAGUGUACUGGGAAUGUGUCUUCCCGUUAUAUCCGUUUCUUGUCCCGGCGGAGAUGAAAACUGAAUAUACGAAAAUAUGGACUGGUGACAGCUUGGAGUAUGAUGAAAACAUGCUGAUGUGCACACUGAAUGUCAUAUUCGCCUUGGCAAGUCAAUUAGCCGAUUUUGUCCCCCCUCAAGAGCGAGAAGCAUCAGCAGAUGCUUUUUUUCCCGGGCGAAAGGCCUGUUUCAAUUCAACCUUUGGGAUACUGGAUCCGCAGGUUUGA